CUAGCAUUAACUUUCUUCAGUUCUCCCACCCGCCUCCAUUCUGAGUUCCGCAGUCUUUUUUUUCCUCCGGCUACAUCGUGUGUGCAUCCUUUAAGGAAUUCCUUUCCCAAGAGCAGCCUUUAUUUUAUUUUUUAGUUAUUGAUCAUGCAAUCCUCUUCCCGAAUUCGUCCUGGUAUAUCCCUUUAAGAAAGUGGAGCAAAGAAGGGAAAGUGGGCGCGGCGUGAGACCCGCCCGUCCCUUUUAACCUCUGGCUUGCCAGAGCUGUAAAGCGGAGUCGAGUAGCUGAGCCGAGUGGUUGGAACUUUGCUCGAGAGAUGGAAAGAGGUAUAAAUAAAUAAAAUUCCGGGCCACCACCCAAGAAGGGAGGAGUGAAAGCUCGUGACGAAGAAGUGGGUGAAAGAGAGAGAGAGAGAAAGAGAGGAGUGUGAGAGGCGGACAAAUGAAAGGAGAGAGAAAAGAGGAAAUUUUGCUGGGGAUUUCUGAGAACUGCGAGCAAACUUCCCGGACCUAGCUAGACAAAAGUGGCGACAGGAUCCAACUGCAAAUAUCCAGGGAAGGAUAUACGCGUUUUGUGGCUCUGGUUCACUUGGCACUGCCUCUUGGCGGAGGCAGCGGAUCGGGGCGACUACAAAAGCAGGAAGAACGACCGGGACAGUCCUGUGAGUCACCCCGAGCUGUGGGGGAAAGGAAAAGGACGUUGGAGUGUUUUCUUUGCAAAGAGAAGGGAAACAUGGACGGGAAAGGAGGGAAUAGAUAUCUUCUCCCAAGAGGCUGGAGCAUAAGCCUCUCUGGGUUCGUGCCAGGACCAUGUCAGACCCCAGUCCUUCUGGAUCUCAGCUGUUCCCCGUCUCCCCAUGCCCAUCCUCAAGCAGUCCCCUGUCUCCCACUCCAAGAAGCGGCCGCGUUUGGACCGGGCCAUGAUCAGCGCCCCCUUGGGCGAUUUCCGGCACACAAUGCACAUCGGGCGUGGGGGAGAUGCUUUUGGCGACACGUCUUUCCUCAGCAACCACGGGGGCUCCAAGGCCAAUGGGCUGCCUCCCGAUGUGUCCCCUGGGGCCUUCUCUAGCCCUGGAGAUGCCCGCUUUGAACUGUUGUCUCCCCCCGGGAGCGGGAACGGCAUAGUUCAGAGCCCGGCGACGUCAACCCCGGAUGGCAGCUUCGUGGCCCUGCAGACCCCGGAGAAGGCAGAGCAGCAGAAGCCCUCUAACGGAAGGGACUGGGACCUGCCCCAGAAGUUCCCCUUGGAGAGCCCCACAUUGGAACAUGCUGAAUCCCUCCUCUCUUUCCAGUUGGACUUGGGGCCUUCCAUCUUGGACGAUGUGCUGGGAGUGAUGGACAAAGACUGGGACAGCAUCAGAGGGCAGGAACAGGAACCGCUGAGGGUUGAAAGCUCCAGCCCAAAGGGGCACCUCCAUCGCGGUGGUGAAGAAGACGAGGAGGAGCAGGAGGAGGAGGAAGAAGAGGAGGAGGAGGACGAAGGGCAGGGCUACAGUUUUGAGGAUGAACAGGAUGAAGAGAUUGGACUAUAGGAAAGAAGAAGAGCAGUAUUGGUUUUGAUCGCUUUGGUUUCUCUAGCUGCCCCUCACCCCAGCACUCCUCCUGCCCUCUUUUUGGCGGAAUUUCUCAGCCCCUCUGAUGUGAGUUGGUCUAUGGGCCAAAUGUUGUCUGCAGAUGACUGCUGGUUGACCCAUCCCAAAGAGCCAUUGAUCUCAAAUCUCUCAUGGUUGCGUUCAAGAGGAAAAUGGACAGGGGCAGGCUGCCUGCACCUCCAGUGUGAUUCUUGCCAUCUCCCUUCUCUUGUGAGAGAAAAGGACUGUGCAACUGAGAAACACACACACUGACCAAUUAUUGUACUCUCCCUAGGCAUGGGAUGAUACAGAUAUUUUGAUGCACUAAAAAAUGCAUCUUGGUUAUAAGGCGUCUCAGAAUCCAAGGUUGUGCGCCACUGAUACCAUCUUUGUCUCACCUUCCACUUCUCUGUUGUUUUAGGCAACCAUCCAUCAGGCUACCUUGCCAAGGACGAUUCCAUCUCCUGCGCUUGUACUGUUGGUUUCAGUCUCAAAACCUGAAACUGUUUUUUGAGAGAGCUGGAAGGACAGGCAGGUUGGAAAUAAAUUGGCAUGUUUAUGGAAGGAUGAAGGGAAUGAGGAUGCACAGAUAUUCUGAUGUACCUGUCCAGCUAUUUAGCCAAUAAUUAUAUUGUUCUAUUACCCCACUAGCAUAUUUAGCAGUGUGAAGAUAUCCCUGUUUAUUUGCUGUCCACCAUUUUCUUUUCAUCUCAUCCACUCCUUGAUCCUGGUGCUCUUCUGUCUGUCCAGAUACCCAUUCACUGGCUACUUCUUUCUCUUCAUUCAGUACAUGAGUGUAUCUGUAUAUCCAGCAGCAGCAGGACUGACAACAAUGCAAGGCCUCCCUGCUAUUGGGGAGAGUGAAGAGGCUGCUUCAGGCAGCAGGUGCUGAGGGACAGAAGCUGCAGGCCUUGGCUAUUCCUCCUGAGCCAGCAGACAUCCCCCCUGUGUUGCCAUGUGACCUGCCCUGAGCGCCUUCAUCUGGCUUGUUCCCUUGGGGUGGUGAAGGAUCCCAUCAUCAGCACUGAAGUAGAAAUAAACUGCAAGUCAAGUUGGCUUCUGUACGGGGAAUGGAGUGGAGCCGCCAUCUUUGCCUCAGCAAAGGAAGACAAUGUAGGGCAAAGCUUCCCAAACUUGGGUUCUCCAGCUGUUUUUUGGACUACAACUCCCAUCAUCCCUAGCUAGCAGGACCAGUGUUCAGGGAUGAUGGGAACUGUACUCCAAAAACAAGCUGGAGACCCAAGUUUGGGAAAUUCUGAUGUAGGGGAAGGAAGACAAUGGAAGCUUUGGGAGAGGAAAUUGAGGGGAAUGGGUUUGCUGUUUAAGGUGAAAGAAAGCAGAGGAGCUUUCUCACCUCCCUUCUCAAAGGGCCAGUCAAGAGAUUAUGGGAUGGAUGAAGGAAAGAGGAAUAACUUGGGCGUAAUGUGAACUGAUGGUUGAGCAAAAGUGUAUACAAUUUACAGUUCUUGGAAUUGUUGAGCAAUUCACUUAGUCACUGAUGGUGGCUGUAACAAUUGCCUGCAGGCAACUAAGCAGAAAUGAGUUUCUGAUUGUAAGAAAGGUGUGGAUUCCCAACCCCCCACCCCACCCCAUUCCUCAGUCGACCAAAGUCCCAAAAUGACUAACAAAGAUACAUGUGGGAAAGUGUGUUUACAUUCUCUGUGUAUAUCUGUGUGCAUGCACACACACAUAUUGUCUCAUUAGUAGCUUUUUGUAAACUUAUUUGCCAAUGGCCAAACUGGGAAAUGCACAACUGAAGAAAUAGCACACAAUCUUUUAUUUUUCCCCAGUUGUUGCCGUUUAAAGCUAUAAUGGGGUCAGGGUUGCAUCAAGAGAUCACCUCUCCAUCAAACAUGAACUGGACAGCCUUCUAAAUUAGGUGCUUUAAAAGCUGGAUACAAUUUAGUGGGCUAGAGAGGAUAAUAACUGGAGGGGAAUCUACUGGCUGAUACUGACAGACCUUUUUUAAAAAAAUUUAAAACCCCGCAACAAAUCAAAAGGCCAGAUCCCCAACCAUCCCCUGAUCAUCUGUCCUUUCAUCCCUCUGUUAAAAAUAACAUUCUUAUAGAUGUUCUUGCCUUCCUAAACUCUCCUGCAUGGAUAUUGUUGGCAGAAAUCUGUUUUAAUUCGUGUCUUGUGUCUUGUCUCCUGAGCACAAUAUCAGCUGGUCUGUGGUGAGAAGUUAAGCUACCCCUUCACCAAAUCACCAGUUGUCUCUCUUGUUCUAUCUUUCCCACGUCUUCCUCUGGUGCCAACGACGACCUUUUCUUCGUAAGCUUGCUAGUCCAUCAUCAAACUCCUGUUACAGUGAGAUAAAUAACGCAGCAAGACAGCUUUAAGGAAACGAUUGCUUUUUUAUUUCCCUAGGUGCUUGCGGGUGUUUGUUUCUUACUUACGCUCUGUGUAACUUUCGCCAGAUUCGUUAAUCACAGUUGAAAAGGUGUAACUGGAUUGUACGGUGCCAUCCAUGCAGAGUUCUUAACCUGCUGGGACAAAAUUGCAUUGCCCCAAUGGGAUUUUGCUGCUUCUUAAUCUUCCCACAUAAUGGGGAGAAGGCUCCACUGUGUCAGUAAGAAAACUGGAUGGUGGUGGCUUGUACGUUCUCACUGUCAACUCUGGGGCUAAUAGCUCGUAUCUGUGGAUGGCCCCCUCUUCGGGUGGCAUUUUUUCCUACCCAGAUCUCCGUGCUCUUGGUAGUGAAACGGUGGUUUUGAAAUAAGUAGGAAUUGAUGGGCUGUUUUUUAAUAUCACCGCCGCGAACUGCACUUGUUAUGGCCUUUUCUUGCCAUGUGCGGUGAUAAGAUUUCCUUUUUAAUGUAUACAGUAGACCUACAACUUAUUCCGGGGAUCGUGCAUAAACCGAAAAUCACACAUAGUCAAAACACAUUGGGUGCAAUAGCAGGUGGAAUUGCCAAAGUUUCCCCCACCAAUGCCUCCCUUUUAACAUCUUUCCCCACCAAGUGCAUAAAAGAAAGGGGGGAAGCAAGUUAAAUGUGCAUAAGUUGCAGGUCUAGUGUACUGCAUCUCCCAGCAAGGAGCUACUUUAAAAGGGGAAGGGAUGAUUGUGAGGCUGGGGCUCAUUGCCAGAUAAUUGGUGUGUAACAUGGACUUUUGGUGGAUGGUGAGGGGGAACCUAGAGCUAUCCAAGUCUCUCCAUCUGGGAAAGGAGGGGAGGUUUUAAUAUGUUAAGGAGCUCAAAGGAAUUCAGUUGAGUUUCCCAGAAACUGAGUAGAGUCGAGUCAGUAGGGAGGGAAGCUCUGAUCCCAUAGAAUGUCUAGACAGAGAAGUGCAAUUUCUGGCCCUGCACAUGUUUGGACUCUGGCAUCAUGGCCAAUGGCCAGAGAAAAUGGGAGUUGUAGUUCAGUAACAUCUGGAGGGCCACCAGUUCCCAUUCAGUCUAGAAUGCUCAAUCUCUGCUGGAGUCGUUUUGGGAUGACGAUGUAAAGGACCCAUAAUCAGACCCUCAAGCCCCACCUCCUGCUUCUCUCGAAACUCUUAGCCAUAUAAUGCCCCACAGUGGCCACCUAAAACCAGAAUCUGAGGUCUGUCACAGAAAGCAGAGGGUAGAAUCCCCACGACCCUCUACAAUGAGCUCUGACUGCUUGGGCCUGCUGGGUGUGAUCCUCAGCCGCCAUUUAUGGGGAUUACUCAAACACAUUGGUCUUCAGUGAAUAUGCACUGGGACCCAAAAGAGCAGUGGGUUGCUGGAGGAGGUGGCAAGUAGAAAGAUAGGUGGGGUGGAAAAGAAGGGGGGGGGAGAGGCGGAAAGUAUAUCUACGCUACCAUCUAAUAAAUUAAUUCCAAAGCUUGUUUCACUUUAAUAGCUUCCCCACUCCCCAAUCCUGGCAACCGCAAUAAAGUGUUGAUUGAUUGUCGUUUUGUGUGGGUGGGGGGAAAUAACCUCUGUAGGACUUCUCUACCCAACGCCAUGUACACUACAACUCCCAAGGACUCUUUAGGAAAAAAGAAUUACUGUUAAACCACCCUAUCUGCAAUGUGGAUUUGCUCCAGAGAGGGGGGGGGGUCGUGCAGAUCCUGAAAAUUGCGCAGGACAAAGCGAAAGCUGGGACCAGAGUUGAAGAAGGUUGUGGUUGUAGGAGACUGAGGAGCCUUUUAAUUGGAGAGCUGGAAUUCCUGUGGAUUCCUUCUCUGAAGGGAGUGGGCAGUUCAUUGGUUUUAAAAUAUAUUUCCUGUUUUAUGCCUUAACUUAUUGCGUAACCUCAAGUUGUUGUCCUCUCUCACUGUGGACUCUCUCUUUUUUUAAAAAAGGGAAAUGUGAAGAAUGAUUUCCUGCAGUGACCGUGUGUCUCUGAUAUAUAUAUAUAUGUCAUUCCAAGCAUGCAUGAACAAGGUCCAGCCACAGACUGCAAGAGAGAUGAGGGCUGGACUCUGAUCUCUGUUCCCUUUGGCAGGGCAAAAGCUUUCGUUGUUAUCCUCAUUUAUUCACCCCACCCCCACCCCCGAUCUAAGCCUGAACCCUAGGUCAUAGAUGUCGCUGCCUUGUCGCAAUCCCUUUGAUCAAGGCAGCAAGAGGGUUCUAUAUGUACAUUUAUUAUUUUAUAAUAGCUCAUUUUAUGGAUUCCUGUGUAAGAAAAUGUCUAUGUAGCAUCUCCCCCUUCUCGAAAUCAUGUUAAUUUUGAUCCUACGUAGCAGAAUAUUUGUACAGCGACCAAAGUGUUUGAUAUCUCUUGUAAUUAAAAGCAAACUAGUUUCGGA